CGUCAGCGGGUAGUUUGUUAUUCACAGCAGCUAAAAUCAGCGUACGGAGACGCUCUGCAAAGAGGAGGAAUAGCUCCUGUAUUGCAGCUUGGCUUUCAAGGGAGGGAAUUCAAGUGCUCAGGAGGGCGCCAGGGGAGCUCCCCGGGGGGGAAUUAGCACCUGGCUGCCAUCAGCAAUCGCUUGCUAUUGGUUUGCAUUGUGCAAAUGCGGGGGGUGGGGGAGAGCCGCCAGCCCCAGGGUCGAGGGCCUGCGGGGCGCCGAGCUGGGGUGCGGGGGUCUCUACGCGACGCUCCUCCGUGCUUCAUCUCUCCGGGCGGGCGAGCUGCUUUCCAGGGCCUCCUCGGACUGAUCUGCCAGGUAAAACCUCACUUUGGGGGCAAAAGUGUUAUUUUCUUUCCUUUACUCUCGCGACUGCCCUAGCGUGGUCCCUGCUGAGCUGUGAGACAAAGGGUGGUGCCUGUGCUGCCAUUAACUCCUGCCAGCCGGGGUCGAGGCUGUGAGUGUUAACUGGUGGCUCUGGAAGCCCAGUGCCCCGGCUGGGCUGGGAUCGGCCGGUUUCGGGUGAGAGCAUCCCCCGCUGGCUGGGGCUGCAGCCCUUGUGAGAAGCCCUGAUUUCCAGCCCACGCAGCUGCUGCGGCCCAACGGUGGGGAAGCCACCAAGGCUGUCCCCCAGGCAGCCUGGAAAAUGCCCCUUCGCACUGCAGGGUUUGAGCCCUCUCGCCUCUACAGAGAGCCCAAACCGUGCCAGGCUGCCCGCGGGAGCAGCGAGGCGCAGCCCGGAGCGGGGCUUGCACCCUGCCGCAGUGCCAGGCUGGCGGGGGCACCCCUUGUCCCUGCUCCGGCGCCGGGGCUCGGCCGGGAUCCCGCGGGGCAGUAGCAGGGUGGUGCCACUGGGUGCUGCGACCCGCGUGGUUUGCACAUUGAAAUGCGGCUGCAAGGCAAGGGGAGGCUCGGGCAGGCAAGGGAGCCGCAUCGGGCAGGGUAUGGGGGUACCCGGUGCCAAGGGAGCAUUGCCAGGACCUGUGUCCCUUCCUAGGACGGGGAACGGGUCCAUGUGGCCCGCAGCUCACCCAUCACCUGCGGGUCCUCGCUGGCGGCGAUGCGAUGUGGCUCUGGAGCUGGGUGCUGACCUCCUGAGGGCCUUCUCCUCACUGGGACUGGAGCCAGGACAAGCUUUUGGAGAGAUGUUCUUGCCACUGGGCUGCAGGAGGAGUUUCCCCAGGGAGCUGCCUCCCUGGGACCACAGACCCUUCCAGGGCCCUGCCAACUUCCAUGGGAAUGAGGAGGAUAGGAGAUGGGCUCCCUACAACUCUCCCCUGGUGCUGCCCCGGGACAAUGGAGAAGACAGACGAGAACCUGUGGACUGCUUUGGAGGGGACUGGCAGCUGCACCGUUUCUUGGACUCCAGACCCCUCCAUGUCCCUGCUGACUUCCCUUGGAAUGAGAAUGACAGGGGAUGGGCACCCCGACAGUCCCCUUGGGAUGACAGAGGAGACAACAGAGGAGACAACCGAGGACCUGUGGGCUGCUUCAGAGAGGCCUGGCACCCGGAGCCACUACCACCCAGCCACGGCCGCUUUGUCUGGCCUGAAUUCCCUGACAAGGAGCAGCACCCACCCUGGCCCCACACCAGCCUGCCAGGGGAGCGAGGCAGCUUCCAGGAUGGCUCUCCAUUCAGUGGCUGUCAUGGCCUGGGUGGGAAACCCUGGCGACACCGUCACCGUGGCCGCCGAGAGUUAACCUUGGUCCAGCACCAGCCGUGCCUCCGGCCCUCCGCAGGGAAUCGGGCAUCCUCCAGGUCCACUCCUUCCGUCUCUGGGACAAGUCAGUCUGAGGUCAAAGAAAAGCUGCAGCACUGUGAUCCUUCCCAGCCACUUAAUUCCUCCAAAGAUGGUGUGCAGAGCAGGAGGCAGACGGCUCAGGGCCCACUGGCAGAGAAGGAGAGGGACCCAAAGUCCCCCGGACCAGACAGGACCCCUCAGAAGAGCCCGGACACUGAUACCCACGCUGCAGAGCCAGAGGAGGCAGCAGAAGCGAUGCCGGUCAAGCCGGGAGCCAGACAGAAACCUGCCGACAGCAAUGGCCAGAGCCCCUCUGCUUUGGAAACGGAGCCAGCGCCACCAGAAGAGAGCUCUGCCGGGACGGGGGAUUGCCUUGAGUGCUUUGCACAGGUAGAGCCAAGCAGCGAAAGUGUCCCUAAGGCUGGUGCAGGCGGCGGGUCACGUCCCCAGAGUCCAACAGCCCCUCCGGAGCCUGCCGAGAUGGACCACGCGGCAGCCAGCUCCGCCGGAGAGGUGGGUGCUGAGCUCUGCCCGAGUUCCCAGGAACAGCAGCAUGUGCCAAGGGGAGCUGGAGAAGUCGAGGCAGAAGCUACCCGUGAUGGGCUUCUCAGUGGCCUCCAGCCACCCGAAAACUCGCAGGUCCCAUUAGCAGUUACUGCAGAGCCCGAUGCACAGCCCAGCCAGGCUUGCUCCGAUACCUGCGCCGCACCAGAGACCUCACCGAGGACCCAACACCCUCCUGGGUCCGGUGAGAUGGAGCUGGCUGCGGGCAGUGAGCACCAGCUCUGCUCUGAGCUCCCGAUGUCCUCGCUGGCCAGCACGGACCUCCGCUCCGCCGCCGUCCUUGCCAGGAAGAAGGAGAUCGAGCUGUCGUACCAGCAGUUCAGCCUGACCAUUGCAGUGGUGGCCACGAUGCUGCUGCAGAAGGAGCCCUCCAUGGAGGCGGCGCUGGGGCUGGCGCUGAGGGCCAACCUCCGCCAGGGCCGGAUCCAUCACCUCCAGGAGCUGGAGGAUUUCAUCGACAGCUACGACUCAGCUACCCUCAGCCGCUGAGUGGGGGGGCUGGGGUGAGUGGCUGGACACCCGCUUUUGUCAGCUGGGAUUGGGGGGGUGAUUGGUGGCCAUGCGGGUGCAUCGGGGUGAUGGUGCUGAGGUGGUAUGGACAUGUUGGUGCAGUCCCACCUCUCUCUAGGAGAGGGAGGAGGAGGGGAUUGCUUAGUUCUAGCCCUGCCCAGACCUGUAUGUGCAGCAAAAGGGGGAGCUGGUUUUACUGGAGGGUGGUGGGAGUGAUAGCGGCUGCAGGGAGCUCCCCUCCGCCCCAGCUCCUCACUCCAUUCCUGGUUCACAGGGAUGUGCCCCAAAAUCCUGGGGGUGGUUCUUGGUUUUAAGUCUAAUAAACCAGCUGUUUUCUUUAUA